CAGGAUAACUUCGACAGAGCCCUACGCUCCUGGCUCCUGGCUAGUUGCCUAGAUCCUGGUUGGACAGCACCUCGACACGCCGCCUCCCGCUUGGCUUCUUCAUUGGUAAAGACACGCCGUCUACUUAUUGAGUUGCAGCCGUCUGUUGCCUGCUCUGACGAGAGGGUUGAAACCGCCACAGCACACCCUAUUGAAUCUGGAGCUAAACUCGGUGAAGGUAGAGGCAUAAAAAAGCAUGGGCGCUUGGCGAAAGAUCUGACUCCUGGUCUGAUGACCGCUUGUUUGGAUCUGCUAACCGCUGUGCGGGCAGCAGCAGUCUCAUUGGAACGAGACAAUAUGGCACUGGAGCCACGGGUUGAUUCAAGUGCCUUGAGCAGGUUGUUUGGGCCAUACUUGGGCGCCGUGCUUAAGGUAAGUAGGGUUAGCUAG